UAUCCGUCGCCGCCGGGAAGGGGCCUGCACCGGAGCCGCUGUGGGUGCCGCGCUCCCGCCGCUCGCUGUCGGGCCCGCGGGCCCCGCGCCCCGCUCACGAUGCCGCUGGGGCUGAAGCCCACAUGCAGCGUGUGCCGCAGCACGUCCUCUUCCAUGUGGAAGAAGGGCGGGCAGGGCGAGAUCCUGUGCAACAACUGCACGGCCCGCUCGGCGCCGCCGCCCCCCGCCGCCUUCGCCACCACCUCGGCCGCCGCCCAGCACAGCAACGGCGGCAGCGGCGGCGGUGGCGGCGGCGGCGGAGGGGGGAAGCAGAGCAAGCAGGAGAUCCACCGCCGCUCCGCGAGGCUCAGGAACACCAAGUACAAGUCUGCGCCCGCCGCGGAGAAGAAGGUUUCCACGAAGGGCAAGGGCAGGAGGCACAUCUUCAAGCUCAAAAACCCCAUCAAGGCUCCUGAGUCCGUAUCCACUAUAAUUACAGCAGAAUCAAUCUUUUAUAAGGGUGUAUACUACCAAAUUGGAGAUGUUGUUUCUGUGGUUGAUGAGCAGGAUGGAAGAACAUACUACGCUCAGAUCCGUGGGUUUAUUCAGGACCAAUACUGUGAAAAGAGUGCUGCACUAACCUGGCUCAUUCCUACACAAGCCAGUCCCAAAGACUGUUUUGACCCAGCAUCCUAUAUCAUAGGACCAGAAGAAGAUCUCCCAAGGAAAAUGGAAUAUUUAGAAUUUGUUUGUCAUGCACCUUCGGAAUAUUUCAAAUCUCGAUCAUCUCCCUUCCCUACUGUUCCUACACGGCCAGAGAAGGGCUAUAUAUGGACUCAUGUGGGACCUACUCCUGCAAUCUCCAUUAAAGAAACUGUAGCCAAUCAUUUAUAAUUUUUUUAAGGACUGUUUUGCACUAGUUAUUUUGGGUGUAUCCUCCAGUUUGUAAACCCUGUACAAGAAGUCUUCAAAAUUAUAAAAUGUGCUGGUUUACUUUACAGAUUAUGGUAUUUAUUAACUUUAGAUACAUCAGAUCUUUGAAGUGGAAGUUUUCAUUUCAGUGCUCUAUUCUUCAGACAUUAUUGCUCAUCUUGGGACAAAACCACAAGUUUCAUGUUGUCUUUGACUUCUGAAAAUUUCCUGUAGUGUUCAUUCUUACUUUUUAAGUUAAUUUUCCAAAAGAAAAAUUUAAAAGACAUAAUCAUCCAGCAUUUUAUAUAAAUGUUUAAUUUAAUUAACUGUGACCGCUGCUUUUAUUUCCUUGUUAAAUAAUUUAAGACUAGGUUCACCUAAAUUACUGAAAUGGUCAGUGAUGCAGUUAACAGUUUUCUGUUACAUGGAGAGGAAUGAUCUCCCUGGAUUUCUCCAGACUAAAACCUCAAACACAAAGAGGGACUCUAACAGUCACCUUUUAAGGGAGUUUUGUUCAUCUGAAUCUCAAAUGUAGGCCUAUGUGUGAGCUUUCUGCUAAACUUACUUAUAUGAGGGCAUAAAUUUCCUGGAAAAUUGGAUGUAAAUUCAAAAAGUAAUGUUAUUUGCCAUCCUGGCAUCUUCAUGGCAGAAGUGUAUCUGCAUUUCCUGAGCAAGCCAACACUGACAUACAAUUUGAGUUUUAGAUUGUUGGUAUUUGUUUGCGUGUUAGCUUGGACUCAUAAAAUUUAUUUUAAAUUCUUUUUUCAGUCUUCACAAUUAAUGAUGGUAAGAAGAAAAAAAAAGGUCAGGCAAUUGAAACAAAAAAAAAAUUGGUAAGGGAAAUAAAAACUAAUUUUGUGUAGUGACAGUCUCAGGAUAACAAGGAAAAUGUUUAAAUAGCAGAAUGGGAAAAAUGCUACAUACUAAAAUACCAAUGAAGUUUUCUGCCCAAAACUUUUUACCAGCCAGUCAGCUCCAAACACGAUGAGAUGUGCUUUUAUGGCCUGGAUUCCAAGGGCUUAGUGGUUCCUGCUGCCUGUGAAGGAUAACAGCUGUAAGUGACCUUAAAUUUAAAUGUACUGAUCUUUUCUGUUUUGUUUUUUUUCUUUGUAUGAGUAUAUGUAACUACCACCCAGAAGUCAGCCAGAAUCACCUUUAAGACAUUGUAUAAAAGCGUAAAAAUAUUGCAUUUGGCUUAUGUUCUAACUUUAUAAAAGGCUUUGAUUUAAGAUGCAACAUAUUUGAAAGUCCCAGGUAUUGACAACUUUUAAUACAGUGGGACCUGUGAGGGCAGGAACCAGAUAGAUUUGUUUCAGCCUGCAGCCUCUGUUCUGCCCUCUUCAAAUACAAGGAAGAAUAAUCAGCCAUAAGGGAAUAGAUGUGAAAGUUAAGGGUUACUGUCAAUAAUUCAGAAUGCUCAGAAGUUAGCAAUAUGUUGUUAAGAGUUAAAUCUUAAUCCUUAGUUGUUUACAAAGAUAUGUGCCCAUGUUCAGUGUCUUGCAGUAAUUAAUCCUGAGAUGACCUCACUUCUCUCCAUUGUCUCCUUUCAAUUCCUCUGGAUUUUUUUUUUUAUUUAUUUAUUAACAACAACAAAAAAAUAAAAAUAACAAGUCUUGUA